AGCACUUCUCCUUUGAUGUAUCACACUACCAGCAACACCGAAAGCGGCCAGCACGAGCUCAGUCCCGACCCACUCACAGGACAGACUCCAGACACCGACGCCGACGAACAAAUGGCAGCCAUGACGAUGCACAUGUCGCCUGUGCCUUCGACAGGCAUGAAACGGAGACACUCACCAUCGUUGUCUCUCGAUCUCUCGAGCCUGCCAUCUCUCUCACAACCUGCGCAACCGAGCAACACCCUCCUAGUCACCAAUCUCGACGCCCCAGAAAUCUUCCAAGCCGCCAGCCUCGAAAGCAUACGAGCAGCAAUCAACCAACACGCCACAAUCCACACCUUCUCGCCCCUCAAAUCCUUCCGCCGCAUCAUCGUCAGCUUCUACACCAUCGAAGACGCAGUAAACCUCCGCCAAGUUCUCGACGGCGAAACCGUCCUAGGAAACAGAGUCCGCGUAUACUUUGGCACCGAAACAAAAAUCAACCCCGAAGAUCAACACUUGCAAGCACCCCAAAGCCAAAAACUCUUCUUCAUCUCUCCACCACCUAGCCCGCCCGUCGGCUGGGAAAUGCGCAACGAAGAGCCUCCGAACAAAGAAGUCCACGCUGAUGAUCUCGCUGUGGCGUUGUCGAAAUUACAUGCCAAACCUGCUGCCGAUCAGGCUUUGUACGAUGAUGUGGAUGGCAAGACUCCCAUUUCACCGGCUACAGUAGGGCGAUCGAGGAGUUCGACACUGGUGUAUGAUCCGCAAGAACAUGGACAUUCGCCGGAUUUGCCGGCUAUUGCGGUUGAGGAUACGACGGAUAGUCCACUGCCUAUGACGCCAAUGGAUAGCAGCAAGCAGUUUGUGCAUACUGCUCGCCCGCCUGUGGAGUUGAUGCAGUAGAGGAUGAUGGAAUGAGAUAUGCAUAUGAUUACUGGGUCACAUAGCGAGGAGUUCUCAAUCAUCGGUGGGAUGCGGCGUAACACAAAUUGUUGUAGAAGUCGCUUUUCAAAAGUAGCGGCAUGGCAUUUACAGAACACGAAUGCAUAUGAGAAAUUAUGGAAAUCAUCACCACAUCACCUCUCAUU